ACCUCGCCGCCGGCGAACCCCGCGUUGUUAUCCGUCUGACCGGGCGCAUGGAGUGGCGGCCCGCCGCCCUGGCGCGGGGGAAGUCGGCGUGGACUUGGUCCCGGUAGUUGCAAUACAGGCGGUAGGUAGGUAGGGGCGAUGAAGGCCCUCCGGCGAUCCAGCACCUCCUCCUCCUCCUCGUCCUCCUCGUCCCCUAGGGCGCCGUCCUCGCCGCCGCCGGCUUCCUCGCGGAUCCAGCGCCGGUCGCUCCUGCUCGUCGCCUCGUCCGCCUCCUCCCUGGCGGCGUUCGGGAAAUCGGCCGCGGCGGCUUCUGCGUCAAAGUCGGCGUUGCUCGCCGCGGAUUCCUCGUCGUCGUCCUCGCCCAGCUCGGACCGAGGUGGAAGUAAAUCUCCGUGGUCUCGAAGGAAGAGAAAACGAGCACUCUCUUGUCAACACUGGAGCCGGCUAUUCUCUGCAAAUGGGAAGCUUCGUGAUGGAGGCAGAAAAUUUCUCAAGAAAGUUCGUAGUGGGGGAAUUGAACCUGGUGCCAGGGCUGAAGUUUGGCCCUUUCUACUUGGAGUUUAUGAUUUAAAUAGUUCUGAAGAGGAAAGGAAGACAAUCAAGAUAAAGAAAAGGAAUGAGUAUGAAAAAAUCAGACGUAAAUGCCAUCAAAUACUGAACUGCCACAAGGGAUUCGGGCUAAAGAUCAUAAAUGAAAUCAAUAAUGAGGGGUGCUCUGGUGGUGCACCUUACCUUGGAGGUGUUAGUUCAAGUGUUUCUGUAUCAGCCAAGGAAUUUAACUGUUUAGGCAGCGAGGCAAACAGUCCGGAUAAUGCUGACUGUGCUCCUGCAGAAUGCAUGGACGAUGAUACCAGUGAACUGACUUAUGUCGAUCAAUGUAUGGCAGAAUCAGAAUCUUCUGACACUGGAUCUUCUGAUGAGGAUGACCAUGGUCAGAUGUCUGUCUGUGGCGAUAUUGAAGAGAAUUGUGCUCCAGAGCCUAAAUUUGUCAGGAGUACAUCAUCCAAAUCAGACUUUUUUAGAUCUAAUAAAACUCCAGAAGAUUUUGCAACAUGGCAGCGCAUUAUACGUCUAGAUGCUAUCCGGGCAAACACAGACUGGGCUUUAUACUCCCAUAAUCAGGCUGAAAUCUCGAAGGAAAAGGCACUGCAGCGUGCAUUAUCUGUUGGGUUGAAAGACUAUGACCAUUUAGAGCCUUACAUGAUCUAUCAUGCUGCCCGGUUAGUCGCAUUGCUUGAGGCAUAUGCACUCUAUGAUCCAGAGAUUGGCUACUGCCAAGGUAUGAGUGACCUCUUGUCACCUAUAAUUGCGGUGAUGGAAGAAGAUCAUGAAGCAUUUUGGUGCUUUGUGGGUUUCAUGAAGAAAGCAAGGCACAACUUCAGGCUUGACGAGGUUGGAAUAAAAAGGCAGUUGAAGACUGUCUCCCAGAUCAUCAGGCGCAAGGACUCGCACCUCUACAAGCAUCUGCAGAAGCUGCAGGCUGAGGACUGCUUCUUUGUGUACAGAAUGGUUUUGGUCCUCUUCAGGAGGGAGCUCACCUUUGAGCAGACUUUAUGCCUGUGGGAGGUUAUGUGGGCUGAUCAGGCUGCCAUUCGAGCUGGGAUUGGAAGAUCCACGUGGGGAAAGAUAAGGCUCCAUGCUCCUCCAACCGAUGACUUGCUGCUCUAUGCUAUUGCGGCUUGUGUCCUGCAGAGGAGGAAGCUGAUCAUCGAGAGUUACAGCAGCAUGGAUGAGAUACUGCGCGAGUGCCAAAGCAUGGCUGGGCAGCUCGAUGUGUGGAGGCUUCUAGAUGACGCGCAUGACUUGGUUGUCAACCUCCAUAAUAAAAUCUGAUUUGGUUGCUCUUUUCGGAUCGUCUCUAGACCUAAAAAAAUAUGCCUGAGGUAUGUUCUCAGUGAAAGUGAAUCUUUCAUCUGUUGUUUGUCACCCGGCAUAAAAACGAUUUUAGGUAUAGAAAAUGAAUGUUGUAAGCUUAUAAGUGGAUCAAGUUCCCUUGAAAGAAAAAAUAUAGCAUGGAUCAAGUAUCCUGAGUUCAGCAAAAUACAUCUCUGGAUGUUAUAGUUACCAGGUUACUGGCUUUGUAAACAUGCAUUGUUAUUUAAUAUAUAGGGAGUUUGCUGUUUUUCU